AUCAUCAGAAAAUUAGAGAAAAUGCAGAUAGAAUGAUUUUGUAUCACUUAAGUUAUAGAUUAUUUUCUAAACAAAUUAAAGGGUGUUAGUUAUCAAGUUUUUAUUUAAUAAGUAAGAUAAAGAUUUUAGAAGGUGAAAAUAUAAUUGUUCUAGGUAACAUGCCAAAUUACGCCAACAUAAAUAAUUGUAUAUUUAUUGUUUACGAAUGACGUGUAAUGUUUCCAACGGCGGACUCUGAAAUUGAAGAUAUUACACGGGGCACGUCAGUGAACAGUAGACCAAGUUCAGAUAGCAAUGAGCGAGACUCUUCGGAAAAUACGCAAGUGGCUAAACCGAACAUUAACCGGGAGUUAACCCUCAAUAUGCUUAUUAAAGAACUAGUGUUUUGUAUUGCUUUAGCAGUAACCACAUACGGAGCCUUGCAUAACACACCUUCAAAAGUAUCAAAAGUUCCUCAGCCAGAGAGAUUUUUUUUAUCAGACUCGGUAGUGACUGACUGGUACAGGGGCCAGCUAAGCAAUGCUCUAUCCUCUAUGAGCUUAGAGGAUAUAUCCUUUGUUAUGUACUAUGCGCCGUGGGAUGCUGAGUCUCAAUUUGUUAGGGGAGAGUUUGAAAAAGCAGCCAAUAUAUUAAGUGACAGGGUACAUUUUGCUGCCAUUAAUUGUUGGAAUCCUGGCAGUGAAUGCAGAUUGCAACAUAAUAAAAUACCAUCAUGGCCUAUAUUAGUGGCAUACACUGUCACCUCAAGAGGGGUUUUGUACAAAGGACCACGAAAUGCAGAAAGCAUGGUCAAAUUUUUGGAGUUAAUAAUGAAACCACUAGAAAAAAUAUCAAAUACAGAAGACCUUGUUAAUUUAUUAUCUAUAUGUGAUGCUGUGGCAGUAGGGUUUACGCCGUUGACAGGCACGUCUCGAUCUUACAACAUAUGGUACAAUGUGGCACUGAAGUUUUAUGAAUUUGACCCUAUUGGCGAGUUAUGUUUCGGUGCAGUUACAUCGGGAGACCUAGCAUCUGAUCUUGGGGUUGACAGUCUACCAAAUGCCAGACUCAUGUUGUGGAAUGAUACAAAGGAAUACAAAUCAGAAGACUCCAAUCAAUCGUGGAAUGAAACAAUCCUUGCAAAUUGGUUGUUGGAGAACUUUUCUCAACCUGUAGCAAGAAUUAUACCCAUGUGGAAGAAAUCGUUAAACUUCAAUAGAUAUGCGGACGGCAACCCCAUGCUUAUUCUAUUCACACCUCUCAAUCCACUUUAUGAACAACUACCUUCAUAUGCUCUGCUGCGUGAGGUGGCAAUGGAGUAUUACACAUGCAAAAACAACGCAAGUAACGAAUGGACAUCAGAACUUAUAAAACUGCAGCAAGUGAAAAGACUAUUGUAUCACAAAAAAAGUUUCAUGAAAUUCUGCCAAGAGUACAAAUACAACAAGCCAGUCAAAAAAGCUACGCCACAAUAUAAAAAACCGAUUGUAUCGCAAAAUAACAAAUACCCAUGGAUAAAUGUUACGCAAAAAAACCAGAAGACUGGCAUGGCGAAUUUCCUUCUAAAACAAGGAUUGGCUUUGUCUAAACUUAUAGAGAGAUCCAACGAUUAUUCUGCACUAUGGUCCACUUUGGGUUUCCUGGAGAAUUGUGGUGAAAGUUCUUCCCAAUCGUUACCUGCUGAAAAGGGUUUUUAUGAAAACUAUGAGAAGUGUCAGUCUUUUGAGGAGCAGUUUAACAAUGACCUUGAAAUGGAACAGGAAGACGUUGAAACAUCGAUGCUGCCUUACGACGACGACCCGUUGUCAGCAGAAAGCCUGUGGCAUGAACACGUGAAACAUUUCUGUAGGCGAAUGCUUUUCGCACACUCAGUGAGCCCGCCCGUGUCGCCAGCGAAAGUGUCUCACGGGAACAUUACCCACAUCCAUGGCCCGGCGUGUGACACCAACUACACUAUAUCUAUGAUCGCUGUAGAUAGCUUCAGGAAUUACCAUUUCGCUGAGUCUCUUGGUGUAGAUAUCAAAAACAAAAAGGAUAUGACCGCUGUAGUCAUAUUGGAUAGCAAGCACGAAAGUCAAUACGUCCUGUCAGAAGAGUACACAGCGAAGUCUAUCAGAGACUUCAUCUACAACUUCACUCAGAAGCGUCUGAACCGCACGCUGCGCUCGCGCAUAGACGACGCCACGCACACGCACUACUUCGGCUCGGUCGGCGGCACCGAGCCCGACGGGAAGGACGACAGUGCGGUGCAUAUUGUAGAUCUCACGACGCACACGUUUCAAGAAGUCGUGAGAACGCCUGGAACGGUGACCGUGCUGGCCGUGUGCGGCGGCGGCUGCGGCGCGCUGGUGUCGCGCGCGCUGGUGCAGGCGGCGCGCGUGCUGGCGGCGUGCGGCGUGCGCGUGCAGCCCGCGCGCAUCGACGCGCUGCGCCACGAGCUGCCGUGGCAGUACACGCCGCCCGCGCACCCCACCCUGCUCGUGUUCCCCGCGCACAGGCGCGGCGAGGCGGAGAGCCGCGCGUUCCCCGGCGGCGAGCGCGUGACGGCCAGCGGCGUGGUGGCGCUGGUGCUGCGCGAGCUGGGCGCGCCCACGCACCUGCGCGUCAGCCUCGCGCUCUGCGCGCACUCCAAGAUAACAUCAGAAAAAACGUCGUGCUUGAGGAACAUGAGGGAACACGUGACUACGGCGAUCAGCCGCAACCUCAAGUACUGGCGGAGAACCGAACUGACUGACCUUCGUGCGUCACUGUUCAAAAGACUGGAACAUCUGCACGACGUCGCUCUACAGCUCAGCCUCUUUCACAUCACUGAUCUCAGACAACAAACAGACAAACAAAACACAUUACUACAGUCCCUCGAUAGAUUAGCUACAAUAUGGGACAUCGAUGAGACUCUAUUAAGAAAAAAUGUCAUUCCUAAACCUAUAGUUGCAAGAUGAUAUUAUAUGUACAUUGUAAAUAGUGUAUUUAUUGUAUUGCUCAUUGUAUAUGUAUCUAUAAAGACGUUGUUUAUUUUAAGAUAAUAAAACUGUUACAAAAAUGUUGAUGAAA